UCGCGUGCACCUGAGGGUUGCUGUUGGCGUGUUCUUGCAAUUACCAGCAAUCGCCGUCCUUCGUGUCAAAUGACAAGACAUCUCACUGCAGAAAUGUGCUGAUGUGUACGUGAUUUUGUCAUUUUCGAGGUGCUACCAGAAUCGUAAAUACUAGCAAAAAUGUCCUCCGGCAAGUUCUGGGAAACCAUGAACCUUCUUAUUGGCAAAGAAUACAGGCGGACCGGUAAAGAAGUGAUGGAAGACGUGGAUGAUUGGGUGGACAAAGUGAUUGUCAAAAAAGAGUUUAGUGUUGAAGAGUCUGAAACUGAUGUGCUUGUCUGCAAUAAAAGUAAAAGUUCCGGAUAUUUCUCGGAGAGUUGGAAUGAUGAAAAAGAAGUUGAAGAGUUUAUCAAGUCAAUCGACUUACCAAAAAUUGAAUGCACAUUCAGCCAUCCUCAUGUCACAUCGCGCUUGGAAAAACUAAUGGGUUCCAAUUUAGUCUGUUUGACGGACAGGGAUUAUAUGCAAAAGCUACAAGAACGCAUUCUAGAGGACUAUGCUGAGUCUAUGGACAAAAGGAUCAAAGUCCGAGAGAAUGAAGAGAUGGAACGAGUGAAAAACUUAGUACUAAGCGGAAGGAUUCCACUACGCGAUGCUCCAGAAAGCAUGGCCGAUCAUCCUAUAAUGAUGAUCGAAAGACACUGUAAGAAAUUAAUAGCACAACGUCGCGCCAAGAUUAAAAUUCCCAAAGUACACAUUCCGACACAUUUGUACUCUGACGAUACCCCCGAUCCUCCGUCUGGACUUUCGAUAGAAAACGGCCACGUAUUUAGAAAACCGUACGAAAAAUUAUGUAACCCCGUUAGCAGAUUCUUGCCUCCCGAUGAUUCCUACAUAUACGCUGAUAUUUACAUGGAUGAAGAAUCAGAUGAAGGUGAAGAAGGAGAAGAAGAAGAAGAAGAAGAAGGAGGCGAAGAUAUAGACUUGGCAGUUCUUAAGGCUAUUGAAUAUGGGGAAGAAGAAGAAGGAGAAGAAGAAGAGAUCGUUGAAGAAUUUAUGUUCUCACGUGCUGAAUACGACAGACUUAAAUAUGAGAGUCCUCUAAUUAAGAGAUUGAGGAUGUGCCAGACUGUGGAGGAACUAUAUGCUCUAGCCGAUGAAAUUAUUGGAGUGUUGAAAACUCUUGAUACAGAAGAGCACACACUUAGAACACAUAGCGAAGAUACGCUGUUUUCGGUUGCUACAGGAGUGACCACUGAACUUCCGCUAGAAGGGCAUCGUGAUUCCACGAGCACCGCAGAUACCCUAGGCAACGAUUAAAUCUUUUUGUAUAUAUUUGUUAAGUGUAAAAUGUAAAUGUAAUGUAAGUUUAUGUGAAAUGUCUUUUUUAAAUGUCACUAAUUCUAAAA